CUUUGCCGCCGCGCUCGGCUCACGCGGGCGGCGCUGACCCGGGAAGCAGCGUCCUCUGCUCCGCGAGCGGCCGGUGGAGGCGGAGGCAGCGGCGGGCUUCAGGCCACCCGGGCCGGCGCUGCUCUGCGGAGCGAGAGCUGGAGGCCGGCGGAGGUGGGCGGUGAUGGAAGUGUGAGGAGGCGGCGGCGGGCCCGGGGACUGUGAGGCGGCGCGUGGCGGCGGCGAGGAGCGCGGGUGGGGGCGCUGGAGCAGCGGCUCUCCCGCGGCUUCGAGCCCCGCUCCCCGGCCCCCGACGCGGGAUUAGCCGCCCGCCUCGACGCGGGCGGGCGCCGGUUGACCCUUCAGCUCAGUCCAACGCCGCCGCUCGGCCCGCCCUGGCGCUGGGAGCGGGUGCCGAGGACAGCGUGGGGCUUGGCUCUCUGAUUCAUUCAUUCUCCGCCGCCGGCAGCCUCAGACCUGCGGUUCUCCGAAGAGAGGAGGGAAGAGGGGCAGCCGCGAAUGAAGGGCCGGGCGCGAGCCGGGCUCCAUUGUGCUCGGCGGCGCGGGGCGGGAAGGGGCUGAGGGAGGUGGGAUCGGGCCCCCUCCCCCUGCUCCCCAGCGUGCGCUGCGCCCCCAGCCUGCUGCCAGCCUGGAAAUGGCUCCGUUUAUUCUCCUCGGGAGAAUGAAUCGAUCCUGCCCAGCCUUCUCUUCCUCCUCCCCACCUCCUCUCUGCUCCGAGUCUUAGGAGGGGAAACGUUUAAAAGACUCCAAUGUGGAGUGCCGUGCACAUCGCGAGCUGUUGGGUUUGCACCUCGAGGAGAUUUUUCUAUAUAGCUUUUUCUAACGUGACCGCAGGGAAGCAGUGGCAUUACUGCUUUUAGGAUUUUUAUUUUCUCCUAGGGAUCUCUAUAAAGUGCACGUCGCAUUGGGUUACACGCUCCACCCCCAAGGGAACUGGUGUGGUGGAGAAAUUUGAACCCGCAGCCUUAGUAGCCAAAAGGCCGAGUUACCUGGCUUUCCCAGAGUGUCGAGGAGGACAUGAGCGAAAUGACCACCGAACUCAUUUUUUAUAGGACUCGGUGAAGCUGGAUUCUGCGUUUUCCGACAGACACGUAGACUCAUUUCGUGGAAUAGAGUUGACCGCUGUCUCCUCCGCGCAGCAUUUUAACUCUAAUUUAAAGCAAAUGCCACCUCUGUUUGAACGUUUUGGUAUCUACGAGAGAAAUCAUUUUACCUAAGGGAACUAAUUGAAUUGUCAGCACCACUGAAAUACCUCCAGAAAAGGAUCUCGGGGGGUGGAAAAGCAACUGCGAAAUAACAGACGGAGAAAUUCCUUUGGAAGUUAUUCUGUAGCAGAAGAACAGAAACUUCAGAGCAAGUUUUCAUUGGGCAAAAUGGGGGAACAACCCAUCUUCAGCACUCGAGCUCAUGUCUUCCAGAUUGACCCAAACACAAAGAAGAACUGGGUACCCACCAGCAAGCACGCAGUUACUGUGUCUUAUUUCUAUGACAGCACAAGAAAUGUGUACAGGAUAAUCAGUUUAGAUGGCUCAAAGGCAAUAAUUAAUAGCACCAUCACCCCAAACAUGACAUUUACUAAAACAUCUCAGAAGUUUGGCCAGUGGGCCGAUAGCCGGGCAAACACUGUUUAUGGACUGGGAUUCUCCUCUGAGCACCAUCUUUCAAAAUUUGCAGAAAAGUUUCAGGAAUUUAAAGAAGCUGCUCGACUAGCAAAGGAGAAAUCACAGGAAAAGAUGGAACUUACCAGUACACCUUCACAGGAAUCGGCAGGCGGGGAUCUUCAGUCUCCUUUAACACCAGAAAGUAUCAAUGGAACAGAUGAUGAAAGAACGCCUGAUGUGACACAGAACUCAGAGCCAAGGGCUGAACCAACUCAGAAUGCAUUGCCCUUUUCACAUAGUUCAGCAAUCAGCAAACAUUGGGAGGCUGAACUGGCUACCCUCAAAGGAAAUAAUGCCAAACUCACUGCGGCCCUGUUGGAGUCCACUGCCAAUGUGAAACAAUGGAAACAGCAGCUUGCUGCAUAUCAGGAGGAAGCAGAACGUCUGCACAAGCGGGUGACCGAGCUUGAAUGUGUUAGUAGCCAGGCAAAUGCAGUGCAUACCCAUAAGACAGAAUUAAAUCAAACAAUACAAGAACUAGAAGAGACGCUGAAAGUGAAGGAAGAGGAAAUAGAAAGAUUAAAACAAGAAAUUGAUAAUGCCAGAGAACUACAAGAACAGAGGGACACCCUGACUCAGAAACUACAGGAAGUAGAGAUUCGGAACAAAGACCUGGAGGGACAGCUGUCUGACUUAGAGCAACGUCUGGAGAAAAGUCAAAAUGAACAAGAAGCUUUUCGCAAUAACCUGAAGACACUCUUAGAAAUUCUUGAUGGAAAAAUAUUUGAACUAACGGAAUUACGAGAUAACUUGGCCAAGCUACUAGAAUGCAGCUAAGGAAAGUUAAAUUUCAGUGCCAAUUGAUUAAAAAAUACACUGUCUCUCUUCAUAGGACUGUUUGGGCUCUGCAUCAAGAUCGCACAUAAAAUUUGAAUAUCACUCCUCCUCCAGGAGGAUGAUCUUUUGAAAAUUGGAAUUGUAUAUUUCAGUGUAAAUUUUAGAAUUCAGCUCGUAGCUAGUUGGGGAAAAAAGAGAUGAAAAACUUGAACUACAAAUUACCUCCAUGUAUAUUAUUGGCCAUAGUUAACUAGAAAGUUAUAAAUAGACACUUAAUGCAAUCUUUUUUUUCUGAUAUUAGCCAAUGGGAGAAUUAACAAUGUCUGGGUCACAUCCCCUUUUUGUGUUCAACACAGUGAAGGUUAUCUGCUUUUUAAAUUAAUUUAUUUAUGAUAUCUAAAGCUGUGUUUUGUGCAAAAACUUAGUGAUGAAAGCCCUGUCUUCUGUUGUAAUCUGAAUAAUUUCUCAGGAUAUUUUUGCACUGCUGAGAAGCAGCGCCAUUACCAAUUAAUUCUUGCCAGGAGUGAGAGAGAGCUGCAUCUUUAAUUGAAACAUACUUACUAGAACUGGGUGUAUAGAGUUCUUCCCUUUUUUUAUACUGGAAGAUAUUUCACUCGGUGACCACUCUGGUACACUCUGGUGUUCUUGAAUCUUGUCUGCUGUAUAGUUUACUUUUCCAUAUCGAUUCCGUGUAUUUAUGAGAAGAUAUUGUCUCCCAUUUUAUUACACAUUUUAAAGCCAACUAACGAAGGCAGCUGAGUCCCUCAGAAAUUUUUCUUUUUAAAUUUCUAAUAAAUUUGACACACAGUACUGAAAUACAGCAGCCCGUCAUCGACGGUCUGGCCUAGCAAUGUUAAGUAUAUUUACAGAAUAUGCAGUUACAUUUAUUUAUAUAUUUUGCAAGAAAUCUUUUCUGAAUGAUCAAUGCAUUUCAAUUUACAACUAAUAAUGGCUAUUGGGGAACUGUUUAUUAUAGAUCAUUUUAAGGUAUAUAGCAAUUUUAAAGGGGAUCCAUUUCCAUCAAACAGCCGAUCAGAGGACUAUUGGGAUUGGAGCCGUGUACUCUGUCUGGGUCUUCACAUCAACCACAUCUCUAGUCAAACCUCACAAGGCAAUAUUCUGAACUGUUAACUAGGUGUUUCAAACAGGAAUUCAAUUCAAUAGGCUCUUCUCAAUGAACAAGUUUUAAUGUUGUUUUGAUGUAAUUUUAAAAGACUUUUAGCAAACAUGCAUUUCUUUAUAUAUUUCUUUUAAGAAGCUAUUUUAAAAGUAAGCCAAGUGCUGUCUAGUCUGCUUAUGGAGUUAGGGAUUGCAUCAGAGUCCAUAUAUUCUCGCUGUACAAUGCCUGUGAUGUUGAGGAGGGUUCUUUUUUAAAGUGUAUGCUUGAGCAUCUGACUCUGUGGAGUCUGCAAAUGCACUGACUUUGUUUGUACCCCAAAACGAUGGAAUUGUUAAGUACAAAAUUAAGCUAAUGAAUCAGUUUGUAACCAUUUUUUCACUCACAAACAGCAACUCAACACUAGACAAUUUUGUUUUAUAUAUGUAUGUGUAUGUAUGUAAAUACAUACAUCUUAAUUUAUAUUAGAGUGAAAAAUAAAUGGUUUGUUUCUAAAGUUAGUUUCUAAAGUGAGUUUUCAGGUGUCUCUGAAAAGUUUCUAUCAGACACUUAAUCAUCGUGUAUUCUAUGUGCUGUGACAUCAUGUAAGUUACCUCCAUCUAUUUUAGGAUCUUUUCCUCACCUAUUUAUUAUAGGGAGGGUAAUUUAGGUACACAAGCUCAGAGCUGAGAUAUUUCUCUGAUAAAUCAGGUAAUAAAAUUUAUUUGAUUGAUGGAAUUUUGAAGUAGAUGUGAUUUUAUCCAUCAGUUUCUGAGUAUCUGCUGAGUAACAAAGAGCACCAGAUUUUAAUUUAAAUAGGGGAUUUAACACUAGGGAUCAGGGAAUUUAGUUACGAAGAGUUAAAAAUUUAAAAAAAAACAGUGUAAGCUGUUGAAAUGGUAAGUGAAUUAUUUUAAUGAUGUAAUAAGAUAUUUUUAAAUUUUGACAUAGUUGUCAUUUAAUGGGAAAGUAACUCACCAAUAUGUCUCCACUUGAAUUGUAUUGAUAGGUGAGACGUGUGUAAUUCAAUAUAUACAUAUACCCGUAUGUAUAUGCAGAAAAUUAUUUUUAAUAUUUUCCUACUGAUUAAGAAAUUUAAAAUUGGAAAUUUUGUGAGUUUUUUCCUCGUCCAAUAGGGCCUAAUUUUUUUCAUUUUUUAGUGAUUUAACAAUUUGAGGGCUGCACCUUUAAAUUCCCAGAGUGUCAUUAGACGUGUACAGUAUAUGGGAUAAGGGUGGACACAAGUGCACAUAUAAAUAAAAUCUUAAGACUAUUUUAAAUAUUCAUUUAUAGUAGGAGAGUAUCUAGAAAUCAUCAUCUACAAGUCAUAAUUAGGUUGUGUGUCUACUAUAGUUUUCUCCAUUUCUGUAUUAUAUAAAUAAAAGUUUGCCUAUUAAAAUCUGAUUUUUCCCAGAGACAAGUAUUAUAUAAUGUAUCUAUAUUUAGAUCCAACUGUGGUAAUAUAUUUAUCAGAAAAUGAUGCUGGGGACUGUAGCCUGAACAUGUGGACUUUAAGUGACACAGACAAGGAGAGCAGAGAUCGAUCCCAUUGUGUAUAAGUUAUUCUCUGAUAAUUAUGAAUUCUUGUACAAAAACCUGAAAAAAAAAAAAGGAAAAAGAAAAAUACAGUUUUUAUUUUGAAAUAUAUUUGUUGUUCUCUGGAGAAUGUACUUUAUCUUUUUUUCCUUCAGUCUUUUCCAGAUACUUUUGAAAAGCAUUUAAGUGAUGACAGCAUUGCUUAACUUUUUUUACAGGUGCUACUGGAUUUCGCAUUAGUGUGUUCUGUUGUGAAAUCCUGACUUUGACAUAAAAGGUUUUAUACGUAUUUCCCUGCCUGGAAAAUUAGUUUUUGUUUCUCCUCUCUCUCCUUCUCUCCGCCUUUCUCUCUCUCUCUCUCUCUUUUUCCUCCUUUUCUUUCUGCAGAUUAAAAACAGUGCAUGAAGUUGCAUCCCUCCUUGUCCCUCUAGAAGAACUUCAGCACCGUCAGAAUGUAAGGUUUUGCUGUCAUUGAACUGCUGGAAAGCAGUUAGAGGAAAAACUUGCAGGGUUUUUUCAAGUGGAAAUAAAAGGGACGCUCAAAAUUAAACCACCACCUUUGAAAACUCAUUUUUUUGCCCCAUUCAAGAAUGUGGACGGUCUUGUGUCACUCAUGUCCUUCUGUGGUUUCGUUUCACUGCGGAGUGUGCAGCUCAGCUACUCUCCUCCCGCAGACCCGAUCUUCUGUCCGUUCUGGAAUGCGAGGCUGGCCGCAGGGAGAAUUGGUUGGGUGGCAGUGUUGUGUUGACUUUUUUAAGAAAUCCUGUUGUUUAUUUGGUAUCACAUGAUUUUACCAUUCCUGAUAGUCUGUGCUUGAAGUCAUGAAAUAGUCUUCAUCGCAUUUUUGUCUUCUGUACAUUUGGCAUUUAUGAGGUAAAUUAAUUUAUGGAAAAUCUAAGGAAAACUUUCAGGUAAGAAGUAGUUAAGAAUGACACAUUAAAAAAUUUUUUUUCAAGUAGGAUACUGUGCCAUAAUUAUUGAGAAGAUAAUUUUCAUGUGAGAGAAUAUUUUUUAAAUAACUAGAAAAGGAUCAUGUUGGAAAGGAAACAGCUGAAUCGUUCACCUUACUUUUAUUUGAGAAAGUGCAUUUUUUUCCAAUGUAAAAUUGGACCUUAAAUUUUGAUAACAGUUUUUUUUAACGGGAAACUGAUAAUAUAUCAAUGUCACAGAAAUACAAGCAUUGUUAAUGAAUUAAAGAAACGGCUUUUGGUUAGUAAAAUAGCUAACAAUUUUAUCCAAGAAAAAAAACUCAAAAACUCAGCACUAUACUGCCUACUGAUUUCUGCUUAGUACACUAGAUAGAAAAGAAACACUCUUUUUACCCAAAACAGGUGACCCGGGAAGAGAAAUUGCAUCUGGACUAGAAUAGAAUGCAAAAGGCCACGAGCUCCCAGUAGAUUUCCAGUCAAUUCUCUGACCUCCUUAGGUCCCUCCUGUCCUUUGCAUGAAAGGACACAUACUAGUGAUGGCAAGAGCCAAUCUGGAGGAGAAGAGGAUGUUUUUUGUGGAAGCAGGGCCAGCAAAGAGUGGGUACACGCUCACGUCAGUCUUUAUGGAAGACACUUCAGGCUAGCCAAAGACACCUGUUGCUUUCCACUAAACAAGUUGGGAUUGCCUUAGUGAAUUUUAAAGGCUUUCAGGAGAUCUUGUCAUUUUAUCUUGUCAGGAUUUAUGACCUAAUAUAAGACACCUGACAUUUGGAACUCACCAUUCUGUGGAAUUCUGACAUAUUUUUGCCAGUUACUUUCACAUCAGAUCUACCCAAGGAUAGAAAUAUUACUGUGCUUUCUCCUAAUAACACCAAAUUAAGAUGAUAAUGAGUGCCUAAUAGAUACAAAACUAAGCCCACUUCUGUACCACAGGAAAACAUCUUUUGUGGGUAUUUUUUCUAUCAACAUUCAUGGUUUUGUCUUGUUAGCUGUGAUUUAUAACUGUGUUAUUAUAUAGGCAUCUCUAGAAGUCCUAGCUGUAUGACUCACGUAUAGGACUUGAUUGUUACACCUUGAAUGGAAUGUGUGUUUCAUGAAACAUGGCCAGAGAGCAGACCCAUUUGGAGGAAAUGCUUUCUCAACAACUUCAGUGUGAAAUGGAACAGAAAGGAGUGUUUGUUGAAUCUGUGCUAUGUGACAGGCUCUGUACUAACUGACAUUUCAUCUCUACGUAUAGGGGCCCUUGCAGGGGUGUUCCUUUGGAAGGGGGAGGAGGGAAAGGAAAGGAAGAGGUCAAAUGAUUGCACCCGCUCUGUUGCCACAGUGAUCAGUCUGGUCAUCAAGUACGCCAGUCAAAAGGUGGAGAUCUUGCCCAUGUAUCUGGUACAGUUUUUCCCUCCAGCUUGACUGCCUUGCUCCUAGAAUUAUCUCUGUUAGGGUACUUCUUAAUUACCUAUUUUAUAUUUGCUCUUCUUGAACUUCUUCCUUCAGCCUCCUUUGGUGUUUAUAAUGCUUGUUAUCAUUCAGUUGCAAAUUGUACUUUGUUUGCAGGUCAUAUUUAUGCAAUGUAUUUUAGUCCCAAUUUUUUUUGAACUUACAAACUUCAGAUAAUCCAAGGACAGUGGGUUUCUUACGCAGAGUUCCAGUCAAUAAAAUUUAAGUAGGAAAUUAUUUAUAAAGGCCUUGGGAAGAUCAUUCAUCUCUUAAAUUCCCUAGUGAAAUAAGCUGUAAACCUGUAAAACUCAUCCUCCAAGACGAAACCGUAGUUGAGCAGGAUGUGGGUUUUGCAGUCAGUGUUGAGUGACUUUGUGGUCCACUGUGGUUCCAUAGAAGGUAAGGCCUCUCCACAUUGAUCACGUCAUUAGAUCAGCUGCAGAACUCUCUCAUGGCCUGAUCUUUAGAUAGGCGAUACCCCUCUUUUAGGUGGAAUCAUACAAUAUUUGUCUUUUUUUGUCUGGCUUAUUUCUCUUAGCAUAAUGUUUUCAAGGUUUAUCUGUAUUGCAGCAUAUAUCAGAAUUUCACUCCUUUUCAAUGCUGAAUGUUACUCCAUCGUAUGGAUGUACCACAUUUUAUUUAUCAGGUCAUUUGUUAAUGGACUCCAGAGUCAUUUCUCCCUUUUGGCAGUUGUGAAUAAUUUUUCGAUGAUCCUUCAUGUACAGGUAUUUUAUGGGCCCUGCUUUCAUUUAUUUGAGGAUACAUCCACGAGUGGAAUUGCUGGAUCAUAUGGUAACUUUAUGUUUAACUUUUUGAGGAAGGAUUGGGUUUCAAUUGGGUUAAUUUAAAAGACAGAGCAGAAUGCCAUCUCACUAGGAAUCCAGUUGUGGGGCCGGUGUUUGUUAACAGACCUGUAAGUGAUCCAAGGGUAUCUAAUAGAUCUUAGGCCUUUUACUCUCUUACCUAAAAUAUUUAUUGAGCACAGGCCAUGUCCCAGACGCCAUUUUGCAAUAGAGACCAGAGAGAGAAGCUUAAAAUCUAAUGUAGGGUACAGAUGGUUACUUCACAGUACCUAAAUGCUACCCUAGAAGAGGACACUAGAAUGAGGGAGCCCAGAGGGAAGAGGAGUUUUCAGGUCUUUCCCAGAAGAGUGAAGAGCUUGCUGGUUGAAGAAGGGGUGAAAUUUCAGAGAAUUGAGAGUGUGUCAUGUGCAAAGGUCCAGAGAAAUGAAAGCAUUGAGACAUUUAGAAAAUUAGGCUGGGUGAGUGCACUGAAACAUAGGAUAUUGGGGAGGAGUAUAGCAAAAGAUGGCGGUAGAGAAGUAGGCAAAGGGUAGAUCAAUAAAGUCUUGUUAAGUCAUAGGGAAGACUUGGGUUUGUUUUUUUUUUUUUUUUUUUUUUUUUUGAAGAUUUGGGUUUUAUUCUGAAGGGAAUGCAGAGAUAGUGAAGAAGUUUUUGUACAGAAGUGACGUAAUAAAAAGUGUGUUCUGUAAGUCUAGUAGUUAUGCAAAUCAUGGUAGUCUCUCUUAAAAGGCUGCCUUAUGGCAGUGACCCUGGAAAUGGAGAAAAUGGAAUGGAUUCAGAGGGUAGGAGGUAGAAUCAGUAGGACUUCUUGGCUAAUGUAGAUGACAAGGAAAAGAAUGCAGGAUAAUGCCUAGAUCUCUUGAAUUGGCCAGCCAGGUGAACGAUCUCAUUUACUGAGAGUGAAUCCAAGAUGGGAAAGGGCUUAGUUUGGGUGUAGGUGAGGAAGAAGGACAAAGCAAGAUGAAGGAGAGAGGAGUUAAUUUGUUUUGAGUUUAAGGUGCCCCUGGAAUAGGCAAAUGGAGAUGUGAGCUAGAUGGAGCUUAGGAGAAAAAUGGGAGCUGAAGAUCGAUAUUUGGGAGUUGUCAGCAUAUGUAAUGGUAAUGGAGGGCAUGAGAAUGAGAACACAAGAUAAAAAUGUCACUUUGGGUCAGGUACAGCACCGAAGUAUGUGAAAGAGAUGGAACGGCCAAGAGGGAUGAGUGGCUAGCUGAAGAGCAGGGACUCAUGGAAGCCUAGAAGAGUCUCAAAAAGCCAGAUUCCACACAACACAAAUAAAUCAACAAAUGAACUCAUGUCUUAAGGCAUUGAUAUUCAAACUGUGUUGAGACCUUUUGUCAAUGUGUAGUUUUAAAAUAUAUUUUAACUGGAAAAAUUAAAAACCGAACUCAAAUUUAUGUUGCUUUCUAACAAUUUAAACCAUUAAAAUCCAGCAAACGUGAGUUCCAGGUAAAGCGUUUUUGUACAGAUGCCACAAUAAGGCCAUGUCUGGUAAACUGAAGAGCAUCUUGUUAUUUCAAGGUGAGUUGUUAAAGAACUCCAUUUCUUACUGUGAAUUAGGAAUUUCUCAAUCCUUUGUGACGGAACCACGAAAUACAGAAAUCGGGUCUUCUACACAAGCUAAGUUCUGUCUUCCAUAAACCCAGUCUCAAAUGUUUGUUGUUUCUGAAAAUAACUUCACUCUUCUUACUGACUUAUUGAUGAAAUUAAAUGUCACAUAUAAUGUGUUGGUUUUCCAUAUAGCUGUCAUUUCUAGAAGGUUGCAGGGCCACAGAUAAAAGGAGGUUGACACUUUCCUAGCAGAACUUGGCUUAUUUUUCGGUGGCUCACCUGCCUCUCCACAAAGUCAAGUUCUAGGGACUUAAAUGUAUUUUCUGUAUCUUUUUAAAUGUAUUAUUUUGAUACUUAACCCAUCACUAGGACCAGGUGAUUUUGUGUUUGUGUUCCCCGUUACUGUGGGAAGUUUAGAGAGUUAACAUUUAUGUGAUCUUAAAUGAUCUUUACUCUUUUUUUCAUAUUGAUUCAUAAAUAACUGUGUACAAAUUAUCUCUGGUAGAAAUGAUCUUGAGCAAUGACAACAACAAAAAUACUCUUUGUAUUUGGUUUUAGACUGCUGUAUGGUAUUUGAUUUAAGUUAAAAUUAGCUUGAAUUCCUUGAGUAGACACAACUUGCAGUACUUAGGCAACAAAUUAGAACAUGUUAGACAUUCCAGGAAGAAAAGAGGAGCUACUGGUUUUCAAAUUUGGCGCCAAAUAACCCAUAAAAUUUGCAAAUCACUUGUGAAUUGUCAAAUAAACUCUUUUAAACCA